AUGGAGUUCAAUGCUCAUCGUAUUAGAGAAGUGAUAGCGCCUUCGGAGGUUGCAGGUAACCUUCUGAACCAAAAUGAUAUUUUCUCCUUUAAUGUUGAAUCGCUUCCUACAUUGAUACUAGAGGAAUCUGCCUUCAUUACGAUUGAGGAUAAUGAACUAAAUUUACCUACUGAAAGUAGCAAGGAAAAUAUUGACAAUUACCCUGAAGAUAUUGUCUCUGAGCCGGACCCUGAUAUCCCUCCAGAUGUGUUACCUCAUUAUAAGGAGUACCAUUCGGAGUCUGAAGAUAAACAGCAUUAUCUUCAAUUUGAUUCCUUUUCUUCUAAUGUGGAUGUUGGUGGUAAAAUCUGGAUUUUUUGGGCUAAUUCUCUUGAUAUUCAAGUGGUGAGAUCCAACUUGCAGUUUGUCUCGCUUCGGGUCAACACUGGGUCUUUUCAGUUUUUAUUAACUAUCAUCUAUGCUAAGUGUAGUAUGUACGAGAGAAAACUUAUGUGGGAGGACCUUAGCUCCCAAGUUAUGGGGCCGGCUCCUUGCCUGUUUGCUGGGGACUUUAAUAUUAUUCAGAAUAAUUCGGAGAGAAGGGGUGGAUCUCCUAGAUCUAAUGCGGCGAUGGCGGAUUUCAGUGAUUGGAUUCACCAAGGUAGAUUGGUUGAGAUGAAGUCUAAAGGCAGAAUUUUUUCUUGGUGUAAUGGGCAGUCGGGUCUUGCUAGGUCUUGGGCUAAGCUUGAUCGUGUUCUUAUGGAUUUUUCCUUGCUUUCGUAUUUCCCGAAUGCGGUUUGCUCUUACUUGCCAAGAACAACUUCUGAUCACGCCCCCAUGGUUAUUGAGUUCAAGAUGAAUCCUUCUUCUUAUGGCCCUUCGCCUUUUCGCUUUCAACAAAUGUGGGUGGAUCAUCCCCAAUUCUUGUCGUGCAUCAAGCAGGCUUGGUCUGCUACUUUUGAUGGUCAUGGGCUCACAAAAUUGGCUUUUAAAUUGAAGAUUACUAAGGUCGCCUUGCGUGAAUGGAAUAAACAGAAUUUCGGUCAUACUAAAAUGCAUAUUAUAUCCCUCGAGAAGCAAAUUGAGGAGAUGGAACAGAAACUUCAGCAAAAUUGGGAUGAUUCUAUGGAGCGGGAUCUUAUUGCUGCCUCAGCGGAAUUGGAUAAUUGGCUCCGUCGUGAAGAUACUAGACUGGCUCAAAUGGCUAAGUUAAAAUGGCAUAUGGAAGGAGACCGAAAUACUAAAUUUUUUCAUGCAUGCCUUGCUAAUAAACGGCGUAAAAAAGUGAAGCACAUGAGAUCAUCGAAUGGUAUGGUCUUUAAUUCGCUAGAGAGUAUUCAUCAGGGUGCUGUGGAUUACUUUUCUUCUUUUUUGCAGGGCUCCCAGAUUAGCUUGUUACCUGAUUUAUCAACUCUUAUUUCUCCUAUUAUUUCUGAUUCUGACAAUUCGAUGUUGUGUGGGAUGCCUUCUAUGAAGGAAGUGUCUUCUGCUCUUUCUUCUAUUCCUUCUAACAGUUCUCCGGGACCUGAUGGUUUUAGCUCGGGCUUUUUCAAAAGUUGUUAG